AUGACAGAAAACUGCAUAGCACCCAAACCAGACCACAGCAACAGUCACCCUGAAGAAGGACCACCUAAGAUGACUGAGACUGCUCUUCCCAUACAAACAAACGAGCAAUCUUUUCUAAAACUGGCUAUGUACCCCAUAACAUUGAAGUUUGAGGAAUUGGUGUACAAAGUUAAAGUAGAGCAGAAGGGUGUGUGCUGGGGGAGCACAAGGAGUUCAAGAGAGAAGACCAUACUGAAAGGAGUCACUGGUAUGGUUUGUCCAGGAGAAAUAAUGGCUAUGUUGGGGCCAUCUGGCAGUGGCAAAACCACACUUCUCACAGCCCUUGGAGGAAGGCUUAGUGGCAAACUAUCUGGAAAGGUCACAUACAACAACCAGCCUUUUUCAGGUGCCAUAAAAAGAAGAACAGGUUUUGUGGCCCAGGAUGAUGUGUUAUACCCUCAUCUCACUGUGACUGAGACUCUACUCUUCACCGCACUUCUGAGGCUCCCCAACAGCUUGACCAAGGAAGAAAAAGUUCAGCAUGUAGAACAUGUUAUCAGUGAGCUAGGACUGAGCCGGUGCAGGGGUAGCAUGAUUGGAGGCCCACUUUUCAGAGGGAUAUCAGGAGGGGAGAGAAAGAGGGUGAGCAUAGGCCAGGAAAUGCUCAUCAAUCCAAGCCUGUUGCUGCUUGAUGAGCCCACUUCAGGGUUGGACUCUACAACAGCCCAAAGGAUCAUAUCUACAAUCAAAAGCUUGGCUAGUGGGGGGAGAACUGUUGUCACCACCAUUCAUCAACCCUCUAGUCGCCUCUAUCACAUGUUUGAUAAAGUGGUCUUGCUCUCUGAAGGAUGCCCCAUCUAUUAUGGCCCUGCUUCAACUGCAAUGGACUACUUUUCUUCUGUUGGUUUUUCCACGUCCAUGAUUGUCAAUCCAGCAGAUUUGUUGCUUGAUCUUGCCAAUGGGAUUGCUCCGGACUCCUCCAAGCAUACAACUGAACAAAGUGAAAGCCAGGAUGCAGAAAAGAAGUUGGUUAGAGAAGCAUUAAUCUCUGCUUAUGACAAAAAUAUAGCUACUAAAGUGAAAGAUGAGUUAUGCAGCUUUGAAUUGAAUAACUACAAAGUCAUUAAGGAUGCUUCCACAAGAAAUCACACAAAACCCGAGCAAUGGUGCACAAGUUGGUGGCAUCAGUUCAAAGUGCUGUUGCAAAGGGGGCUGAGGGAGAGAAGGUUUGAAGCCUUCAACAGGCUGAGAAUAUUCCAAGUCAUAAGUGUUGCUUUUCUUGGAGGACUUCUGUGGUGGCACACCCCAGAAUCACACGUUGGAGAUCGGAUAGCCCUGCUAUUUUUCUUCUCUGUCUUCUGGGGAUUCUACCCUCUCUACAAUGCUGUUUUCACAUUUCCACAAGAGAGAAGAAUGCUGAUCAAGGAACGUUCAUCUGGGAUGUACCGUCUUUCUUCCUACUUUCUAGCUAGAACAGUAGGAGACUUGCCAAUAGAGCUUGCACUUCCAACUGCAUUUGUCUUCAUAAUCUAUUGGAUGGGAGGGCUUAAGCCUCAUCCAGUGACCUUUCUCCUUUCCCUCCUAGUGGUCCUUUACAGUGUCCUUGUCUCUCAAAGCCUUGGCUUAGCACUUGGUGCCAUUUUGAUGGAGGUCAAACAGGCCACUACUUUAGCUUCUGUGACAACCCUUGUGUUUCUCAUUGCUGGAGGCUACUAUAUACAACAGAUUCCUCCCUUCAUAGAGUGGCUCAAGUACUUAAGCUAUAGCUACUACUGCUACAAGCUUCUUGUUGGUGUACAGUACAAUUAUGAUGAUUAUUAUGAGUGCUCAAAAGGGGUAUUGUGCAAGGUUGGAGAAUUUCCUCCAAUCAAAUCAGUGGGUUUGAACCACUUGUGGGUUGAUGUGGCUAUUAUGGCCAUGAUGUUGGUAGGUUACCGACUAGUUGCUUAUUUAGCACUGCAGAGAGUGAGGUAG